AUGGGAGGCGAGGGACGGAAGCUGAGGAGAGGAGCUUCACCAGUGGCGGGCGGAGCAGGGCUGAAGUCCCUUGAUCCUGAUGCUGACAGUAGCAAGGAACGCCAAAGGCACAAGUCGAAGGGAGGAGCAGAGUUGAAGUGCCGUGGCUCUGGUUCUGGCAGGAGCAGGAACAAGGAAGAAGAAGCGGCAGUAAACAUUGGCAGAGGCAGCAGAGGCAGCAAGGGCGGAGGAAGCAAGGGCGGAGGAGGCAAGGGCGGAGGAAGCAAGGGCGGAGGAGGCAAGGGCGGAGGAGGCAAGGGCGGAGGAUGCAAGGGCGGAGGAGGAGGCAAGGGCGGAGGAAGCAAGGGCGGAGGAAGCAAGGGCGGAGGAAUCAAGGGCGGAGGAGGCAAGGGCGGAGGAGGCAAGGGCGGAGGAGGCAAGGGCGGAGGAAGCAAGGGCGGAGGAAGCAAGGGCGGAGGAGGCAAGGGCGGAGGAGGCAAGGGCGGAGGAGGCAAGGGCGGAGGAGGCAAGGGCGGAGGAAGCAAGGGCGGAGGAGGCAAGGGCGGAGGAGGCAAGGGCGGAGGAGGCAAGGGCGGAGGAAGCAAGGGCGGAGGAGGCAAGGGCGGAGGAAGCAAGGGCGGAGGAAGCAAGGGCGGAGGAAGCAAGGGCGGAGGAAGCAAGGGCGGAGGAAGCAAGGGCGGAGGAGGCAAGGGCGGAGGAGGCAAGGGCGGAGGAAGCAAGGGCGGAGGAAGCAAGGGCGGAGGAAGCAAGGGCGGAGGAGGCAAGGGCGGAGGAAGCAAGGGCGGAGGAAGCAAGGGCGGAGGAAGCAAGGGCGGAGGAGGCAAGGGCGGAGGAGGCAAGGGCGGAGGAAGCAAGGGCGGAGGAAGCAAGGGCGGAGGAAGCAAGGGCGGAGGAAGCAAGGGCGGAGGAAGCAAGGGCGGAGGAAGCAAGGGCGGAGGAGGCAAGGGCGGAGGAAGCAAGGGCGGAGGAAGCAAGGGCGGAGGAGGCAAGGGCGGAGGAGGCAAGGGCGGAGGAAGCAAGGGCGGAGGAGGCAAGGGCGGAGGAAGCAAGGGCGGAGGAAGCAAGGGCGGAGGAAGCAAGGGCGGAGGAGGCAAGGGCGGAGGAAGCAAGGGCGGAGGAAGCAAGGGCGGAGGAAGCAAGGGCGGAGGAAGCAAGGGCGGAGGAGGCAAGGGCGGAGGAAGCAAGGGCGGAGGAAGCAAGGGCGGAGGAAAGUCCCAAGCCGCGCCAGCUGCUGUCUCAUGCGGACAUGGUUCACUACUUGGAAGUUACGGGCGGGUGGGAUGA